GAGGCUAAAAUAAACGUCGUGUUGGAUAUUACUAGGUUAUUGCUGUCAUCUUUAAAAUGGCUAGCAUAGAAGCUAGCUCUGUCAACUCUCUGUGGACAAUAGAGCUUAGCAUGUGUGCUAGCAGGUUAGCCGGAGCUUGUUUUUAGGCCAGUGCCGCGGGUUUGACUGUCGUGUAAUGAGCUACCCGAUGCCGAGAAGUGAAAAUAUGACGCGCAAAAUGUGAACACUGUGAUUUUGUUUGUGAGAGUUGCGCUUUGCGUUUUCAGAAGAGAUGUUUGUCAACGCUGCUAGCGAGAAUGCUAACGAGCCUGCAGAGUUAUGUAAAGGCUCGCUUCCCUCCAGUCCGGAUGUACGUUAGAACAUCUCCCGUAUAAACUGGGAUUUUCUAGGCUGAUGAGCAUACUAGCUAACACAGCUGUCUCUCCCCAAAUGUAAAAACGUGUUUUGAUUUGAUUUAUCUCGUGAUUUACAGUGGGGAUUCACAACGUGUUUUAUUGUUAAUCUUGAUCCGACCUGCGCUUUCGCACGUUGAGUGUUCGGCGUAUUACAGCGGUGAUUGGGGCUGGUGACUGAAGUGAGACAUGGUGACAUGUCAGAUGUUCUCUCGAAGUGCGGCGGUCAGUGUGAGGAUGUGUAGGUAGUGCUCUUGAAGACCCAGGGGACGCCAUGUCAGACGAGGCGAUCUCAGAGAGCGACCUGGAGCCUAGCCUCAACAGUGAAGAGGAGGAGGAGAAGGGAGAGGAAGACAAAAGGGAGAACGACGCUGAUGAUGAUGAUGAUGACGACGACGACGACGAUGCUGAUGACGACGAUGAUGAUGAUGAUGAUGAUGAUGAUGACAACAACGACAAGAAUGGCAAUGAUGAUGCCUCUGCAGACCGGUCAGAAGGGUUGGAGGUGGAGUAUCGUUCCAGUGACUCUGCCCCUGCCACGCCCCAAGAGACCUGCUCCAGGCCUCCCUCGCAGCCGCACUCCCAGGCCUCGUCGAAGUCCACCUCACGAACUUCGACCCCUCAUGAGUCUCGGGGACCUUCAGUGACAGGGUCUAGCCCUGAGUGCGGCUCCCUCAAGAGGAAGUCCAAGAAGAAGAAAAGUUUAAAACCUUCCAAACCUGCUCACCUGAGGAGGAAUAUCAGGAAGCUGCUAAAAGAGCACCAGCUGGAGGCAGGAACUAAAGCAGCCCAGCAGGAGGAGCUGGAGAGGAGAAAGCGCCUAGAGCAGCAAAGGAAAGACCACCCUUUACCCAUAGUGGAUAUGCCCCCUUUGGCAAGCAUUGUUAAGGGUGAAGUAAUCUGUCUGGACAGCAGUGGAGACGAAGGAGAAUCCAUAGCAACUGCACACCCUCCAAAACCAGCACCCAGAGAUGUAGAUGUGAUUGAACUGAGCUCUGGGGAUGAAGACACACUGAACAUCAGCAGUGCGGAUGAUGAUGAUGAGGAGCGCUCAGGCACCCCUGGCACGGAGGAAAGUAGUGGCUCACAUGUAAACGACGCCCUGAACCAGCGUGACACCCAGGGCAGAGUGCUUGUGAACAUCAACCAUCCGGCCGAGGAGGAGGAUCUGUUCCUCGCACCCCAGCUCGCCCGGGCUGUCAAACCACACCAGAUUGGUGGGAUCCGCUUCCUGUACGAUAACCUGGUGGAGUCUCUGGAGCGCUAUAAGAGCAGCAGUGGGUUUGGCUGCAUUCUGGCCCACAGCAUGGGCCUGGGGAAGACCCUGCAGGUCAUCUCCUUCAUAGACAUCCUGUUGCGCUACACAGGAGCCACAACCGUCCUCGCCAUUGUGCCUGUGAAUACUCUGCAGAACUGGUUAGCGGAGUUUAACCUGUGGUUGCCUUCGUCUGAGUCCCUUCCACCCGACACCGAUCCAGCCCAUAUUUCCCCACGAGCCUUCAAAGUGCACAUCCUCAACGAUGAACACAAGACCACCCCAGCACGAGCGAAAGUGGUGGGCGAGUGGUCGCGUGACGGCGGAGUCCUGCUGAUGGGCUACGAGAUGUACCGCCUGCUCUCGCUCAAGAAGAGCUUCGUGACGGGCCGCAAGAGGAAGUCGAAGAAGCCCUCGGGCCCGGUCAUCAUCGACCUGGACGAGGAGGACAGGCAGCAGGAGCUCAUGAAAGGCAUCGAGAAGGCCCUUUCACGUCCGGGCCCAGACGUAGUGAUCUGCGACGAGGGCCACCGCAUCAAAAACUGUCAUGCGAGCACGUCACAGGCGCUGAAGAACAUCCGUUCCCGCCGGCGCGUGGUGCUGACAGGCUACCCGCUGCAGAACAACCUGCUGGAGUACUGGUGCAUGGUGGACUUCGUGCGGCCCGACUUCCUGGGCACACGCCAGGAGUUCAGCAACAUGUUCGAGAGGCCCAUCCUGAACGGGCAGUGCGUUGAUAGCACCCCACAGGACAUGCGCCUCAUGCGCUACCGCAGCCACGUCCUACACAGCCUGCUCGAGGGCUUUGUCCAGAGGCGAGGUCAUGACGUACUGCGGACCCAGCUUCCCACCAAGGAGGAGCAUGUGAUCCUGGUGUGUCUGUCUCCCCUGCAGAAGGCACUCUACAAGGAGUUCAUGAACCGCUUCCGCGAAGCGGGGAACAGCGGCUGGCUGGGGCUCAACCCCCUCAAAGCCUUCUGCGUCUGUUGCAAGAUCUGGAACCAUCCAGAUGUUCUCUACGAAGCCUUACAGAAGGAGAACCUAACCAACGAGCAGGACCUCGACCUGGAUGACCUGAACUCUGGCACAGCGACCCGAUGUCCUGCCCCUGGCCUAAAGAACAAGACCUCUGACCCUGCCAACAGUAAGGCAGGUCCUCCUGCAUUGGCACUCCCCCCACUGCAGGAACGGGCCAAUCAAGUCAUCACAUACGAAUGGGCUAAGGACAUAAUGAGUAGCUACAAGACAGGUGUUCUGGAGAACUCUCCUAAGAUGCUUCUGCUUUUCCACCUGAUUGACGAGAGCGUCCAGAGAGGGGACAAAAUCCUCGUCUUCAGCCAGAGCCUGUCCACCCUCACGGUCAUCGAGGACUUCCUGUGUCUGAGAGCCAUGCCCAUCAAGUUAGGGGAGCAGACCCAGAACUGGGUCCGCAGUAUCAACUACUACAGGCUAGAUGGGAGUACCUCUGCCUCAGAGAGAGAGAGACUCAUCAACCAGUUCAACGACCCUGCGAACACCAUGGCCUGGGUGUUCCUGCUGUCCACCAGGGCAGGGUGUUUAGGGGUCAAUCUUAUCGGGGCGAACCGGGUCGUCGUGUUCGACGCUUCAUGGAACCCAUGUCACGACGCACAGGCGGUAUGUCGGGUAUAUCGCUACGGCCAGCACAAACCCUGCUACAUCUACCGGCUGGUGUGUGACUUCACGCUCGAGAAGAAGAUCUAUGAUCGGCAGGUCUCCAAGCAGGGAAUGUCUGACCGUGUGGUGGAUGACUUGAACCCCGUUCUCACCUUCACCCGCAAGGAGGUGGAGUCUCUGCUUCACUUUGUGGAGGAGGACUCUGACCAGAGCCAGCUGGACGUGAAGCCCAGCGAAGACAUGGAGGCAGUCAUCAGACGUGCCUGUCUGCUGUAUCCUCACCUCAUCACCAAGCAACCUUUCCACCAUGAGACUCUGCUAACGGAUCGCAAGGACCUGAAACUGACCAAGGCAGAGAAGAAAGCUGCCAAGAAGAGCUACGAGGAUGAGAAGCGUGCAUCCGUGCCCUACCAGCGCCCAUCUUACGCCCACUACUACCCGGCCAGCGACCAGAGCCUGUCCAACAUACCCGCUUUCAACCAGAGGAACUGGCGGCCAGUGCAACGGCUAGAUGAGAAGCCAAUCGCCAGUGUGCGGCCGGUACAGUCUACUCCCAUUCCCAUGAUGCCCCGCCAGGCUAGCAUGGGCGGCCACGCUUCCAGUUCCACCUUUCCUGUCAACUACCUGCAGAAGGCUGGGGUUUAUGUACAGCGCAUCAUCACUACCACUGAUAUCGUUAUACCAGGCACUAACAGCUCCACAGAUGUGCAGGCACGGAUCAGUGCUGGGGAGAGCAUCCACGUCAUCAAAGGAUCCAAAGGUACGUACAUCAGGACUAGUGAUGGAAGGAUCUUUGCCAUCCGUUCAGGAAAGACGAGAGCUGGUGAGGGAGGAGGCCAUGUGCCUAGAGACGUGGCAGGCUCUGUCCUGCGUUCAGUCAGUAAUGGUAGAACAUCUCCUCCAGAUAUGAAGCGCUUGACUCCAGACAGUGUACGCCACACUUCACCCUCCAACAGCCCAGAUGUUCUGCGAGAGCUGGGUCGCUACACUGCUGAGACCAACCCUGUUACCACAGGUGAUGACCUGCUUCCCUCAGAUACAGGGAAACCGACAGGGCACGAACAACGCCCCCAGCCGAGUCACGCCCCUGAAGCUCACAGCAGGCAGCUCAGCGAUGAGGUCAGUGGGUCUGCUUCUACCCUGGAUGUUCAGAGUUUGAAAAGGAAACUUAUGACAGACAGUAGGGGCUCCAAACGGAUCUCAGCACCACCUGGAACGCCUGGUAGUUACCCAGGAUUCUCUCUGAGCGGAGGAUAUGGAAUGCCAUCCAUAGGCCUGCACCAGGCUCUGCUCGGAGCUCUGGGUCACAUGACCCCUCCCAUGCUGAGCGGGUCCAACAGACCUCAUUUCCUGCCACAGGCAGGGCAAACACUGGCAGACCUGCACACCAUGUUUCCCACUGACACUUUAGGCUCCUCCCAUUCCUCCACCUGCUCUACGACCACAACCUCUGGGACCUCAUCAUCUUCUGCACCUUCAUCGUCGUCAUCCUCCUCCUCAAUGCCACCCUUCCUGUUUAAUCCCAGCAUGGCAAAUAUGCUCUCUGGGUUUCCUAUGCCCUAUGGUCAAUCUCUUAUGCCAGACACUUCUAGAAUGUUUCCCAACACCUCCCUGCACCAAGGGGGAGCUCUGUCUUCUGCCCCAACCAGCUCUGCUGCUACGUCCAGCUUCCUUUCCACUUCCAGCCUGCUGGGGGCAGCAUUGAGUCGGCCAGACUUGCAGCCCACUCUUGCGGAGAAUGGGGGAAGCAGUUCAGAUGACGACGUCAUAGAGGUGAUUGGGCAGUGAGUGAGUGAGUGAGUGAGUCUGGCACACCUAGUGUGCUGCAGUUGGCUGCCCCAUAAUUCCAUUGUAGUGAAUGGAGGAGUCAUAUUGGUCUACAGUAAAGGUAUGUAGAUGUUAAUGCUGAAAAUGCAUGAAGAGAGGUGGCGAGAGGCUACCACAGACACAGUGGGCUAUUUUGUGUCAAAGGGACCGUAACACUGAGCUUCCACAACAGCCCUUGAUUAGCUGUAUCUCCAAAACAGUUUGAGAUAUUGACCCAGCCCACAUGCCAUCGUAAUGAACAGAACUCAAUGUGAUGGUCUAUAUGGGCAGACUGCAUCCGUAAAAGGUAACUUUUAGAGAUAUUUAGCUGUUUGAUAGAAAUUGUAGCAUUACCUGAACUGAGGGAGAAAAAAACACAAAUAACGUGACCCAUUUUACUUUUUUUUAUUUAUGAUCUUGUAUGUACUAUACUUUUUGUAACAGGUAGACCUCCUGCAUAUACUCUUAGUAAUUUUGCCCAUUUGAAACAACCACCACAAUGGUGGUGGUGGGGGGGGGGGGUCUACCAUAAACAAUAAAGCCAUUUUUGUGUUUUCUUUAGUUUAGCCUUUUAAUAGAAAAUGGGGUGGGGGGAAUAAACUGAAAGAAUGUAAUUUCUUGUUAGCCUUCAAAGCCUUGUGGUAAGGGAGAGUAGAUGAGCUGUAGAUUCUGUUGUAAGCCUUAUUUUAAAAAUGAGUUGUACAUUGCUCCUGUAGCAUCUCCUCCCCCUUAAUUACCAUAAAGCAGAAGAUUGUGUAGACUGUUACCUCCCUGACACCCCAUCCCAGAUGUUUGUUUAUUGAUAUAUUUGGGCUUGAAAAUACUUGGAUCAUGUACGAUGUGUGCAUAGUUCAUAGGCUGUGUCAUCUGUGUUUGGACUACAAAUAUGACCAAAGUGUGACUUCAAUUGAUGUGGAAUGUUCCAAGUAAUUGAUGUGUUCAUGUUAACCCUUCUGUCUGUGCUGGUUGACUGACAAGUUCUUCAACCAAUCACUGUUCUUGGUGCCUAUUGGAGCACUUUCCUCAGACCCCUCCUACCACUGCUGUCUUAUUGGAAGAUGCCCAAGGAAAUCUUAUUUGUUGGGCUAUAUCUGUAAACAAUGUUCUUUAAUAUAGCAUUUUUGUAUCAUUUUUUUGGUAACAUCUAUGGAAGCAUAACUGUCCUUUUUUUUUUUGAUGUAUGAUUUUGGCAGAAUUAUUUAUUUAUAAUUGUCAAUUAAUUUGGAUAGGUGUUUUUGUACCUUUUUGUCUGUUUUUAAGAAGCAGUAGUCCCUCUUCAUUUCCACCAUGUUGAGUUUGCUCACAAUUUUUUAACGUGUUUGUCUGGUGAGUUCAAGACCAGUAUCUGUGACAGAUCCAGAGUGGGGGAUACACGCUCACAGAGACGCUGUACAGGUAGAGAUCAAGACUCAUUAGCUCUUGUACUUAGCACACAGAGGAGAUUAAAAUGACAUUGUAUUUAUUUAAUGUUGUUUUAACAGAAAAUAAAUUCAAACUUUCUUGCUGUA